AUGGGGCAGCAUGUUAGUGUUUGUAUUCCAAGAUGGAUUGAUGUACCUGGAGUAAAGAAUUUUAGAGAUAUUGGAGGAUGGCCAGUGAAAGAUGGUAAUGGAUAUAUCAAAGAAAGAAUUGUAUUCAGAUGUGGACAUCUUGUAGAUAUUACAACAAUGGGAAUUAAAGUCUUAAAAAGAUUAAAUGUAAGUGCAGUCUUUGAUUUUCGAUCUGAUCCAGAAGUUGAAAGACAAGGAGUGAUGCCAGAUAUUGAAGGUAUAACUCAUUAUCCAUCAGCUAUGUUUACAAAAGCAGAUUAUUCUCCUCAAGCAUUAGCUACACGAUGGAAAGGAUAUUUCGAAGGACCUUAUGGAUUUCCAAAGGUUUACAGUAUCAUCCUGGAAAAGGGAGCACCUUACUAUAGAAACAUAUUAAUUCAUUUAAUUGAAAAUCUAUCUACUUCUUCUACAAAAUCCAUUAUUGUUCAUUGUACGGCAGGAAAAGAUCGAACAGGUAUCUUUGUCAUGUUAUUGUUGGGAUUAUGUGGAGUAGAUGAAGAGAUUAUUGCAAAUGAAUAUGCUUUAAGUAAUCUUGGUUAUUGGGAGCCUGAACAUGAAUUACAAAAAAAAGCAGAAAUGUUAAAUGUGACAAUCGAUGAUAUGCUUAUGGUUAUGUCUGCUCCGUAA